CCGUACCGCCCCCACGUGGGCCCCGGGAGACUAAAACGAGCUACGGCGGUGGCGGGAGCCGCAGCUCCGAGUCCUUGAGGAAACGAGGCUGUCAUCUAAAGCCAAGUCCAGAGUCAGCGUUCUGCCUCCUCCCUCAUACCCUCCUACUUCAGAGUUCUCCACAAGCCCAGCUCCGCCGAGCCGGGCACACAGCAGACCCCUCGGGAGCCCUCGGUUGCGGCCAGCCAGCUGCCUGUUGCCGUGUCCGCCAUGCAGCCCCAGUCGAUCCUGCACAGCGGCUACUUCCACCCCCUGCUUCGCACCUGGCAGACGGCCACCGCCACCCUCAGCACCGCCAACCUCAUCUACCCCAUCUUUGUCACGGAUGUUCCUGAUGACGUACAGCCCAUCGACAGCCUCCCAGGAGUGGCCAGAUAUGGUGUGAACCGCCUGGAAGAGAUGCUGAAGCCGCUGGUGGAAGAGGGCCUGCGCUGCGUCCUGGUCUUUGGAGUCCCCAGCAGAGUCCCCAAGGACGAACGGGGCUCUGCAGCCGACUCUGAGGACUCCCCGACCGUCGAGGCCAUCCGUUUGUUGCGCAAGACGUUCCCCAGCCUCCUGGUGGCCUGUGAUGUCUGCUUGUGUCCCUACACCUCUCACGGUCACUGUGGGCUCCUAGGCAAGAACGGCGCGUUCCAGGCGGAGGAGAGCCGCCAGCGGCUGGCGGAAGUAGCGCUGGCCUAUGCCAAGGCAGGAUGUCAGGUGGUAGCCCCAUCGGACAUGAUGGAUGGACGUGUGGAAGCCAUCAAGGAGGCCCUGAUGGCACAUGGACUUGGCAACAGGGUAUCAGUGAUGAGCUAUAGUGCCAAAUUUGCAUCCUGUUUCUACGGACCUUUCCGGGACGCGGCCCAGUCAAGCCCCGCUUUCGGAGAUCGCCGCUGCUACCAGCUGCCGCCGGGAGCCCGGGGCCUGGCGCUGCGAGCAGUGGCCCGGGAUGUACGGGAAGGAGCCGACAUGCUCAUGGUAAAGCCGGGAAUGCCCUACCUGGACAUCGUGCGGGAGGUGAAGGACAAGCACCCUGAGCUCCCUCUUGCUGUGUACCACGUUUCUGGAGAGUUCGCCAUGCUGUGGCACGGAGCCCGGGCCGGGGCGUUUGAUCUCAAGGCUGCUGUCCUGGAGGCCAUGACCGCCUUCCGCCGCGCAGGUGCCGACGUCAUCAUCACCUACUACACGCCUCAGCUGCUGCAGUGGCUGAAGGAGGAGUGAUGGCUACAGUGCAUGAGACCCCACACCUAGAACUUGUAAAAGGUCCCGGGAUCUUGGAGAAGUAAAAUCCAAAGUGAACGCUGCUUUAGAACUGUGCCCCGCUCUCUUCCUACUCUCUCACGCUCGGAGGUGCCCCGCAGCCCUCCGUGCUUUCUGCCAGCUUGCCAGAGCGAACCACUCAGGCCAUCCCAGGCUUCCCCGCCCCUCCCCUGGGUCAUCCCUGAGGCCCUCCUCCGCCACCACCGCCCCCCCCUUCUUCUGGCUUGGCUUCAGCUUGAAAGCCACCAGGAGUCAAGGGCAGGGCCCGGGAGAGGGGCUUGGGGCGUUAGGAGAAGAGCAAGGCAAGUUCAUCUUGAAUUAUGAGAAGCUCUGGAAAGCCCGAGGCCUUGGCAGCAGAGCUGAGCCCUGGGACAGAGGCCGAGACUGACAUCUUUGGGGUUGGAGUUGAGAUUUGCCACGAUUCCUCCGGAAGGUGCUUCCCAGCCAGGCCCGUGUCACCAGGCUGCCUGAGACCGUCUGCUCUGAGCCGCAUCCCCAGAGGAGAGUUACCUGUUCACGAGCAGAAACGCUGCCUGAGGAUCAGAAUCCAGAAACAAAGAGGGAGCUCCCGCCUGUUCAAGGUGCCACCACCAAAAGGGCUUUUCUGUCAAGGGAAUUUUUAAGAACAUCCCCUCGGUGCCCAGACACAGUGCCGGGAACUGGGGGUAUAUCAGGGCAGACCUCAGCCUGUCUCUGUGUGUGGAACCUAUGCAUGUCUCCAAUGGGAGACAGACGACAACGAGAAAACAAAGCAGUUACAAGUCGCAACAAGUGCUUUGAAGGAAAGAAAGGGUCUGACACUGAGAACAACACUCAUGGUCUCUCUUGAGAGGGUGGUUGAGAGGCCCUCCCUGAGGCUGAGGGACAAGAAGGGAUCCUUCCGGAGAGCAGAGGCAAGUGCACCAGAAGCUGCAAGAAUGACGCGAAGUGUGCAAAGGUCCUGCGGUGGGAGGAGCUUGGCAGGGCCCCGGGGAGCAGGAUGCUGACGAAGACGGUAGUUGACCGGAGUGGAGAUUGGAAAGAUAGGCCCUGCACCUUGUAAGAAGCUUGGUCUUAUUUUGCAGACCCCAGAGAGCACAGAGAGCACUGACGGUGGCCUGGACCAGGGUGGUGGCAGUGGAGAGAGGAAGGAGGAGAUGUGUUCAGGAUACAUUUCAGAGGCAGAAUUAGCAGAUUUUGCCUAAGCUCUUGAAGUCUAGGCGGCGAGAGGAAACAAGAACGCCUUCGUGGGUUUCUGGCGUGGGGGCCUGGCUGCGCGCUGUGAUUCCUCCGAGACUCACGACAUAAUGCUCCUCUUAGUAAAGGUGAAGGCCCAGCUGACGAGGGGCCAUUUUGCAAGUCUACCUGCCCAACUGCAAAGUGACAAGAAAUUCCAAAUCUAGGGCCAAAGCAAGCUCGAUUCAGACCUUAAAGCAGUACAAUCCAUUUUAAAUAGUGCAAUUAUAAGCUCCCAGCAGCUCCUGUAGACAGCCCGGCCUCCUCUGACUCCUGGUGUCUUCCCCAGAGCCAAGGCUGACCUCACUGAGGACCUGACCCCCCCCGCCCCCCCCAUCCUCAGCGUUUGGGGAGGUGGCCAGCCCAAACCGGGGCUUAAAGAGUCGUAAAGCUUCACCUUCCAAGGAGUCAGAGCCUGCAAGUCCCACCUGGAGGCCUGAAGCUCUGAUUGGAGAUGCGCCACUGAUGGGCCUCAGGGUUCUGACCAGACCAGAACCUUUGGCCAUGUUAGCCACUGGGCUUCUUGUCCCCUGGUCCCUGAGCUCAUUUCUGAUUAGUGUGGAAGGGGAUGUUCUCCAGGACCAUCCCAGACUCAUCAUUGCUAAGCUAAUAUGAGGCCUGGUUCUUGUCGGCAUCGGGACGGCAGACGGACCUUGCUCUUUAGGUACAAAGUCCACGGCAGGCAAACCACUCUGCCUAUGUCCUAGUCCCCCCAGAAGUAAAGGUUAAGUGGAAUGAGGAUGAGGGUCUCUGUGAGGAGAACCAGGAGGUAGAUGUGUCACUGGUGAUGUGGGGACAGGGGCUGUGAAGGUCACCAGGACCUGACUGAGUUUGAAGGGUCAGAAAACACUGCCCUGAGACGCUGAUAUUUAACCCUUGACCGGAAGGAUGAGCAACCAAGCUAAGAGCAUUCCAGACAGAAGGAACUCCGCGUCUAGAAUGAGCUAGAACACAAAGCAGGUGUGUCUGGAGCGCAGUGAAUGAUGAAAGGAGAGAUGGCUUGAAUUGAGUAGAGCAAGACCAGGGCCAAACCAUGCAGUGGUCAAAAGCCAUGUGUAUAAGGAAGAUGGAGAGCCUUUCCAGACUAUUCCAAGAGAAAGAAAAGCCAUCGGAAGGAUUUUAAGCAGGGGAAUGACUCGCUCUGAUUUUCCAUUUUAUGAGAACAUUUGGCAGCACUGGCAAAGUGCAGAAGAGAGAUUCUGUAGACUGGACUGGAGUGAAGACAGAGGGCAUGAAGGAGGGAGUGGGUUUAGGAGGUAGAUUUCAUGAGUUGCAGGGACUUAUGGUUGCAAGUGACAGAAUCCAAUUCAGUAGCAAAAAAGGAAAUGAUUGGUUUUUAUAACUGGAUUUCAAUAAGGUCAAGUGUGGUUGAGUCUAGGGUUAAAGGCUGUCAUGGAGGCUAUGUCCCUUCCUAGUUCUUGGCUUUAUUCUAAGAUGGGUUUUGGACACUUGGCAGCCACACGAUCCUUAAAUGGUCCUUAUGACUUAUAAUCCCAAAGAAAGGCCCUUUCUCAUCAUUCACAACAGAUCUCUGGAGGUUUCUGACUGGCCCCGUUCAGGUCACCUGAACCAGCCCCUUCAUUCAGUCACCAUACACAGUGGCAUGGGAGAUGUGGCACUGUGAUUGACCAGGUCUGCCUCAUUACACAGAAGUCUACAGGAGUCUCCGAGCUUUGCAGAGUGGUCCCCCUUUCCUGGAAUGCUUUCCCCCAAAAUCUGUGUGACUGUCUCCUUUUUAAGAUCUUGGCUCACAUGUCACUUCCUCAGAAAACCUGCCCUCACACCCAAUUUAAAGUCAUUCCCCUGUUGCCCUGUAUUAGUCAGGAUUCAAGUCUAGUGGCCAUAACAAAAGCCAAGGUAAUGAUAGCUAAGAAGGAAAUAUUUCCCUCUGAGCAGUCCAGACCAUGUCAGCUACGUGGUGCGGUGGGUCCAGGCUCCAUCCUUAUUCCAUCCUCCUAAACACAUCUCGGCUUCCAUCUCAUGGUCAAGGAUGGCAAGUUCCGUUUCCACCAUUAGCUUCUUUCCCUCAGCAGAAAGAGGAGAGGGAUGAGUGGAAGGCAAGAUGCUUCUUUAUACGGGUGCACCCCGAAAGUGGCACAUAUCAGUUCUGCCUGUAAGCUCUUGUCUGAACUCAGUCACGGCCACAGCUAGUUGUGUAAGGCAGGCUGGAAAACAGUCUAGUGGGGCGGCCGGGUGCUCAGCUGAAACCCAGGGGCUAAGUUACUAAGGACAAAGGAGAGAAUGGAUAUAGGGGCAAAUGAAGUGUCUUGCAAUCAACGAAACAGUGGUCAGCACAGCCAAGAGGACUGCAGAGAACAUCGAGUUACACGUUCUGAUUGUACAGAUGGGAGACAAACCCAGAAAGGGAACUUGUUCAAAUCCACACAAGCCAUUGGCCGACCAGGGCUGGGGUUCAGAUCGCCAGACUCCAAACCCAGUGCUUAAAACUGGGGCAGGGAUUGGUUCCAGGGGAACUUUAGCUUUUUAGGUAUUAUCCUAGCUUCAGAUGCAUUUUUCUAUUCAUGUAUUUUACCUAAGAAGGUUAUAUUUGUGUGUUAUUUGUGUUAACAAAAAUAAAUGAAAAACGUGGCCAAUGCA